GUAGUGUGUACUUGGAUGGUAGUUGAUCUUCAACCAACUUUGGAUAAUGAAAAGAAAUGACUAGGGGGAUGCUGCUUGGCGUGUCUAAUACCGUGGGAAUCCUCGCUGGUGUCUUUGGCAAUGCAGCCACUGGUAACAUCUUGCAACAUGGAGGAUUCAUAAUCAUCUCGGGACUUUAUUUGGUCACAUGGGCAACCUAUCGUGAAAAACGACAAGCAGUUUUGGGCGGUCAACAUGUUCGAGCAUCUGAGUCACCAGUGAUAGGUCACAUUACCAAUUGAAUUGAGCGUGGGCUGUUGCUAUUCGAUGCUAUUUGGUAUUUGGGCGGUGAAGCCAUUGACAAUUACCACGCGUCCUCCACAUAUGCCCGCACCGCCAUACCUUUUUAGGCUACAAUCCGGCCGCCUCAUACUUCAAAGUGACGUUAGAGAGAGAAAGAGAAGGCGAUGCAAGACAAAGAGAGAAGCGGGCAUCGGGGUUAUGGUUUAGAUGCGUCAAAGAGGAUGGACAUCUUUCAAAGGUUAAUUUCCAUGUUCACUUCCUUCUAAUCAUUUUCGAUCAGGUAUCCUUAAUCUCCCAAAUUCAUGAACACGGUAUGGCAUCUAAGGUUUUCAUUUUGGGGUUUUUUAGUUACGAUGGGAUUUUAUAAGAUAUUAAAUCAAAGUGAACAGGGGAAACUGUUAUGGUUAUCCACAGCUGUUAAUCAUCUGAUAUGAAUUCUUCCUCCAUUAACAGUGCACAAAUAUGCAUAAUAUUAUGGCUUUUUGUAUACACAUUUUUACAACUUCUUUCUUAUUGUAAUUGUUGAUUUUUUUCUUGGGUUUUCUUCCAAUAUUAUUGAUAAUGGCUAUGUUAAUUGCAAUUUUGCAGGAACUCUAUUAGCUUCUUUCUUUCAGUGGCUAAUCUUUUUGCUUCAUCUGCGUUUUUUGGUAAUGAAGUCUGGCUUAAUGCACCGUAAGAUUAUACUUCUACUCUGCUUUAGGUUUGAGUUUUGAGUGGACUGUUGCUUACUGAUGCACCUCUUUUUCAAAGGUCCUACAAGUGUAUGCUAAGGGUCUUGCAACUGUACAACUAGGUGCAGGUGUAUGUUUCUACAAUUUUUUAUAAUAAGAAAAUAAUAGCCUGAAUUAUUGUGGUUUACCUGUUUCAUUAAAGAAAUGGCUUAAUCGAUCUCAUCUGGAUAGAGGUAAGCAAAGAAGAAAGGUAAAUUUAUCAUGUUAUUGUUUGAUGGUAAGGAUUUCAUCUAAUGCUGUAAAGAUCCAUGGAGGUUGAUUUUGUUUUAGUAUCAUUUGCAACAAACAUCAUUGCAAGCAGAAGAAGCUUCAUCACAAGGAAUGGAUGCAUUGCAGCAAUGAAUUCGUUAGGUGAUGAUUGUUUUUUCAACUGGUCUAUGAGGAAUGCAAAGUUAUCGGUUACGAAGCUCCAGAAAACACAGGUAUUAGAUUAUAGUAGGUUCUCCAUUCUUAUUUCGCACAGAAGAAACUUCAUUUCAUUUUAUGUUUUCGUUCUAAUUAUAUCCAUAUAGGACGUUAUUUUUUUUA